AUGCCAUGCUCAUUAUCUUUCUCGUUCCUUACCCUUCUCCCUCUGGCUUUUGCAUGGGCUGUGCCCUUCUCUUCUCUGCUCGAUACUGGCACGCAAUCGAUCUUGGCCGCAAGGUCGAGCGGUAAUGCCACAGUCAGCUAUUCUGACAUCCCGAGCGGCCAGGACUACGUUGCGAUGAGCUGGUUCGCCGGGUGGGACGCGGACGGCAACGAUCCCCAUUUCUCGGUGACGAACAUUAGCUGGGAAAAAUAUAACGUGGUGUCGUACGCCAUGGCUGCCACAACGGCGAACGGGACGUUCGAGCUCGACGAAAGCGACCAGGCGCUUCUGCACCAGUUUGUCGAGGAGGCGCACAAAAAUAACGUCAUGGCCCUGCUCGCGCUCGGUGGCUGGGACGGAUCGAGAUACUUCUCUUCCUCCGUCGCUACACCCGAGGCUCGCAGCACGUUCGCACAGGCGAUCUACGACACUGUAAAGGCGUACGAUCUCGACGGCAUCGACUUCGACUGGGAGUACCCGAACAACAACGUCACCUCAGUGGGGUGCAACGUCGUCUCCCCAUCCGACACCGCCAACUUCCUCUCCCUCCUCCAAUACCUCAGCGCCAACGCCUCCUCGCACGGCGUCCCGGACCUCAUCCUGACCGCCGCGGUCGGGCUGCAGCCAUGGCUCGGCGCGGACGGCACGCCGCUCACGGAUGUCUCGGCGUUCGCGGAGGUGCUGAGCUUCGUUGAGAUGAUGGCGUACGACGUGUGGGGCAGCUGGUCGGCGCACGUGGGCCCGAACAGCCCGCUGUACGACGCGUGCGCGGAGGCGGCGUACCAGAAGGGCUCGGCGCAGGGCGCCGUGGAUGCGUGGACGCAGGCGGGGUUCCCUGUGGGCCAUAUCGUGCUGGGCGUCCCUGGGUAUGGGCGCAGCUUCGUCGUCGACAGAUCGGAGGCGCUCGAGGCCGAGGGAUUCGCGCUUGAGCUGAGGGCAUACCCGACGUUCAGCGGCGUGCCUAGUGGCGAUAGCUGGGACUCGGACGACAGUCCGGAUGCGUGUGGGGUGGUGAGCGGGUAUAGUGGGGUGUAUGAUUUCUGGGGGUUGGUGGAGGCUGGGUUCCUUGAUGAGGACGGGUCUGUUGCGGGGGGUAUUUGGUAUCGGUAUGAUAAUUGCAGUCAGACGCCUUAUGUGUGGUAUAACGGCACGCAGGUCAUGGUGUCAUAUGACAACGCGGAAUCGUUCAGGGCGAAGGGUAACUUUAUCAAGGAUAAAGGCUUGCUGGGUUUCGCGAUAUGGCAGGCGGGUAGCGACUAUAACAAUAUCCUGGUCGACUCCAUUCUGGAAACUGCGAUAAGCAGCUCUUGA